GUCUAUACCACAUGCUUCUAAUUCUGUCAGUGGAUUGCGCUUUCUUGUAGUUAAGCGUUUCUACGAUUCUUCACCGAUUCAAAUUGGCGUAAUGCCGCAAGCUUUACCUUAUGGGGGCAUGCCUUCGUCUGCAUUAAAUAGGAAAAUGGAAGAAACUGAUCCACUCCUUAUUGAUGCCAUCGCCCAAGUGGAUGCAUUCCAUGAUCAAGAAGAUUAUUAUACUGACUAUGGAGUGCGUGGAUGUAUUACAGAACCUGUGAGGCAUCCUGAAUUAUCAUUAGGAUUUUUGGGAAAUGAUCCCAGAGGGAAACAGAUUGGGCCUGAUAUUAAUAAAAUUUCGAAGCAAAUACAGCAACGUAAGACUGAUUUUACCAUAGGAAUGGGUACUAAUGCCGAUACACAGGUCCCCGAAAGGCCAUGGUCAGAGCAAUCUAUAAAAAUUGGUCGAGAUAAACUACACGGAAGACUUAAGGAUAAUACCCAUGUUUUUUCUACACAAAGAGAAGGGAAAAUUAAUGAAGUAGCCCCACCCAAUUAUCGCCCAUAUAAUGAAUUAAUUCGUAAGUAUACUAAUUCUGGCAAUAAUGCGCCCUCUUAUGUGCCAUGGCGUCAUGUUAUGGGGGGCACUGAAUUGCCUGUACAAAAAUAUGGCAAGGUGCCCGAUUCGUAUACUACUCCUUUGAAAGAUAGGAAUAUUAUGUUACAGAAGGCGGAUCAAUCGUGGAAUCUCCAGCAAUAUGGUAAUACAACUGGUUUACAUACCACCCCCUCAAAAGACAAAAACAUAAUGUUGCAGAAGGCAGAUCAAUCGUGGAAUCUCCAGCAAUAUGGCAAUACAACUGGUUUACAUACCACCUCCUCAAAAGACAGAAACAUAAUGUUGCAGAAGUCUGAUCAAUCGUGGAAUCUCCAGCAAGAUGCUAGUGGGUCGAGACACGUUUUAUUCGAUAUGUAUAUGGUUUUGGCCACUAAGAAAAUGUUUCAAGCUGAAACUGAGUUCGGUCAAAAUAAAAAUUCUCGAUUAACUAAACCGGGAGGAGCUUCACUCAUGCCUAUAUCAGCUAUACACUCUAAAGAGCAAAAGGGAGAUCAACGAUUAGUUUUGCCAUCCGGUUUUGAAGAAUCUAUUUCUAACAAUAGCAGAGAACUUAUCCCUUCUUCGAAUCCUUAUCCAAUAAGUGGAAUACAGCGUGAAGAGCAACAAAGACACCUAUCGCUACAAGACCUAACUUCCCAUGCUGAAACAUUCCGGAGACCAAUCCUUAUUUCAGAUCCCUAUCCAAUGAGCGAAAUGCAACGUGAAGAGCAGGAGAGACAUUUAACAUUGCAGGAUAUAACAUCUCACACUGAAGCAUUUCGAAGACCAAUUCCCACUUCAGACUCCUAUCCAAUAAGCGAGAUGCAACGUGAAGAACAGGAAAGACAUUUAUUAUUGCAGGAUGUAACAUCCCAUACUGGAAUAUUUCGAAGACCAAUUCCCACUUCAGACUCCUAUCCAAUAAGCGAGAUGCAACAAGAACAAAAUCGAGACGUAGUUUCUUCUUCACAAGAAUCGCAUCUGACUAAAGGGGUAUUACCAGCUAUCUAUCCAGAAAAAGCGGUACAGGGUAGUCUAAUUACUAAUACAUUUCCUAACGCACAUUUAGCAAAUAUCGCCGGGGUAAUUCGAUCACUUCGAACUGGAGAUGAUAUGCGACAUACAUCAGGGCUAAGUUUCUUUGAUUCAAUCAGACAUCUUGCUACUUCAGAAAGAUCCGCUCCUUCGCAAAAAAACCCAACUUUCUUACAUAAACAAGAAUUCAUACGACACUUAAAUCAGACGUUACCUAAAUCCGCUGGAGCUGAUCGAUACAAUAUCCACGUUUAUAGUUCUGCCCCUCCACAGAUUUCAACAGAAAGAUCGAACCCAGAUACUCUUUGGCAACAUACUUAUGAAAAUUCACCUAUAUUUGGGCCACCUCUUCCUGAAUGGCAAAGUCAUAUCGAUGAUACAACGGUUUUGGGAAAUUCAACAGAAACUGUCUUCGGAUCUAAUGAAUCUGGAGUUCAUGGCACCGCACCUACUGGACCUAAAACUUUACGCGCGCAUCAAGAAAGCGAUUCUAUGAACUUGCAUGAUGGAUUGGUUAAUACUUUUUAG